AGCGCCUUCUCCUGGCCCGGGACUCGCGAGGUAACUUGCUCUGGGGAACCAGCACUAUGGCGUCGGGCUGCAAGGUUGGGCCGUCCAUCCUCAACAGCGACCUGGCCAACUUGGGCGCCGAGUGCCUCCGCAUGCUGGACUCCGGGGCCGACUACCUGCACCUGGAUGUAAUGGACGGGCAUUUUGUUCCCAACAUCACCUUUGGUCACCCUGUGGUAGAAAGCCUCCGAAAGCAGCUAGGCCAGGACCCUUUCUUUGACAUGCACAUGAUGGUGUCGAGGCCCGAGCAGUGGGUAAAACCAAUGGCGGUAGCAGGAGCUAAUCAGUACACCUUUCAUCUCGAGGCUACUGAGAACCCAGGGGCUUUGAUUAAAGACAUUCGGGAGAAUGGGAUGAAGGUUGGUCUUGCCAUCAAACCAGGAACUACAGUUGAGUAUUUGGCACCGUGGGCUAAUCAAAUAGAUAUGGCCUUGGUUAUGACAGUGGAACCUGGGUUUGGAGGGCAGAAAUUCAUGGAAGAUAUGAUGCCAAAGGUCCACUGGUUGCGGACCCAGUUCCCGUCUUUGGACAUAGAGGUCGAUGGUGGAGUAGGUCCUGACACUAUCCAUAAAUGUGCAGAGGCAGGAGCUAACAUGAUUGUGUCUGGCAGUGCCAUUAUGAGGAGUGAAGACCCCAGAUCUGUGAUCAACCUGUUAAGAAAUGUUUGCUCAGAAGCUGCUCAGAAACGUUCUCUUGAUCGAUGAAAGCAAAAGGAGUCCAGUGUCUCUGCUCAUGAAAUGCUUUUACUGGAGAACAAGAAUAUUGACUACCAACUCAUAUCACAACAGUGCUGCUUUUCUGAGCAAUUCAUUCCAGUGACUAACAUCUGUUGUGCAGAAUGUCCCAAGAGGUAGAAAUUUAGUGAAGGGAUUUAAAGAUUAGGGGGGUGAAAUGCCAUUUUUACUGGGAGACUUGAUUUUUAUAAAGAGUAAAAAUACGGUUGUAUUAAGGUUAUAAAUAGAAAUGUGUCUUAAUGCCUAAGGAAGGCACAUUAGCUACUAUGAAAAAUGUUUUUCUCCACUUCUAAAAUGAAAUUUCUAUUGUUUCUUGGCUGUUUUCAAAAAGCAAAGUAAGUUCUUAUGUCUUUCCUGUUCCUUGUCAUUUUUGGUUUGUCUCUAUGCGUUAUCAGUAGAAUAGAAGUUAGGGAAAAUCUAUGGCUGGGAUAGCAUACCGUAUUCUUCUUGCUUCUAAAACAUCUAUUUUUUCACUUUGCACCUUAUAUUUGAUAUAAGAAAACCAUGUCUGAAGCCCAGGAGUUUUGGGUCUAUUGUAAAAUACAUAGAUUUUAUCAGGUGUUCUGUUAGCUUUGCUGCAAGGGCAGAUGAUUUAUUGAUUUCCCCACCAUCUCCCCUUAAUCACACCGACCGUUUGUAAGGAUGUGAGGUAAUGUGCUAGUUCUGAGCAGAAAGGAAACAAAAGCCUCUUUUUGGAAGUAAGAUUGAAUUUACUCUUCCCCUUUCCAAAUUUGACUUAGCAAAUCAAAUCAACCAACAUCUUUGAGCUUCUAUUAACUGAUUUAUACACUGAAUUUAGUUAUAAUAACUGUGCAGGGUUGUGUUGAGGAUGAAAAAAGAUACAUAUGUAAAGCUUCCACCAUUAUUCCUAGAACUGGCAUAGAAUUGAGGAUGCUCAGUACAAAGUAGCUAUCAUUAUAAAGUUUAUGUUUUGUAGGUUAUAAAGUACUUUGCUAAUCUCAUUAAAUCUUUGAAUCACU